UUACACUACUCUUUAUUUCAUUUAUAAUAAAACUUCAUGAAAUUAUAUUUAUCACAUUCAUCGAUUCAAUUUUAUAGUAGGCACAGUUGACGUAUUUGACAUAUCAGUCAAUUUAGCAAGAGAAUAGAAUUUUUCAACACCGAUUUUUGUUCAUUCUGCGCAUGUUGUCUUAAUAGCCGUUCGCGGUUCUUAACACCUAGCAAGUAUACAUAGCAAUUUUUUUAUUUUGUAUGAUCUACAUCUAUCACCUUUUCCCUCGAUAAAAAUAUUUUGUCCACCAUGUAUAUUACAGAUGAUAUGAAAAGUGAGCAACACAAGUGGUUGAGAGGUCUCUGAGUUCAAUUGAGUUGCGCGAAAUGAUUCUAUUCUCUCGUCAAAUCGGCUAUACAUAGUCGAUACAUUUGACGUAUAAUUACUAAUGACGAUUAAUUGGUUCUUAUUAUUGUAUUUAUUUUUAAAUACAAAAAUGUACAAUACAAUAUGAUAUAAGAAAACAAUGGCCUUAAUUUAUGUCACUUAGGAACCUGGUAUAAAAGAAAUUUAUUAUAAUGGGUAAUUGUAUACGGAGUAUAUUGAAAAGGUUACAAAGGAAAAGGUGUACUGAAAAGACUAUUAUCUUACUCAUUGUGGGUCUUGAUAAUGCGGGAAAAACUUCUGUUUUAAAUUGCAUCAGUGGUGAUUCAGAUAAGUCUGUACUACCAACAAUGGGAUUCCGUACUGUGUCUUUAAAAUAUAAAUCAUAUACUGUGAAAAUUUAUGAUAUUGGUGGUAGUUCCCAAAUUAGAUCUUUAUGGCCAAAAUAUUAUAACAGUAUACAUGGUCUUAUAUAUGUGGUGGAUGCUAGUGAUAUUUCUCGUCUUACAGAAAAUAAAGUUGUAUUUGGUGAAUUAAUUACACAUGAAUAUAUUUCAGGAAAACCAUUAUUAUUGCUUGCAAACAAACAGGAUGUAAAUGGGGCUAUCGAUGAACUAGAUCUUGUUGAGCAUUUAGAUGUAGAACAUGCUGUUAAUACUAUGAAAUGUCCCACACGAGUGGAAAUAUGUUCAUGCAUUGAAAAGGGAGAACAAUUAAAAGAUAAUAGCAUAGGUAUUAAAAAUGGAUAUAAAUGGUUGCUGGACAUAAUAUCAAAAAAUUACAUUGUUUUAAACAAUAAACUUAAAGGUUUCCAGAAUGCUCAGAAUGAAAGAAACACAGAAGUACAAACCACAACAUUUGAUACACCAUCAAAACUCUCAAUUCAUUCAAAUCCUUUUAAACCAAUCAAAGAAUUGAUUGCAAAGAAGGAUGGAGUUCAAGCAAUAAGUAUUUCAGAAAAUGGUGUUUUAAAGAGUGGAAAGAAAUUAAAAAAUAUAUUUACGCAUAAAAAUAAGACUGCACCACUUAAUGUUGAAGAAUCUGUUAUUGAAAUAAAAGAUACAUCAGAAACUGAUCAGUCCACUAAAGUUUUAAAACCUCAAAGAAGUCUACAAGCAUUUUCUUCAACAUUGAAUCCAACAACACUGAAUGCGGAUUCAAAUGGAAUCAGAUAUAAAUUAACCCGUCCAUAUACAGCUCCAGGAUGUUCACAACAAUUUAUAAAUAAAAUAACAGUAAUUAAUAUACCUGGACAAGUAACGCAAGGAUAAUAUUUUUAAGUUUUUAUUUAAGUAAUAAUAAGGGACCAUUGUAAAAAUAAUUAAAUCAUAUAAAAAUAUUGUACUGAUAAGUUCACACUGCAAAAUGUUUUAUAUCUGUGAAAUUUACUACAUUAAUAAAAUGUGAGAGAAUUGCAUAAACUUUUAUUACGUAAUAAAUUAUUUCUGUAAAUAAAUUUUUAUUUUAUACUAGAUAUAUAAAGCAUAGGUGUUUUUGUUUCACAUUAGUAGUCAAAAGAUAUUCUUAUAAUAACUUUAUUAUAUUCCAUAAAUUUGUACACAAAUUCAUGUAUACAAAAAUUUGGCAAACAUAUGAACUAGAGAAUACAUAUCAAAGGCUUAUAAAAUUUAUAGUGUAAAGACGUUAGAAAACUUUCGAUUAUACAAUAGCAUAUAAAACUGCAUAAAAAACACUGUAUCACGUAAAGCAUACAUCA